GAUGCUGUCUGAUGCUCAAGAUGCAUGCGCAAAAUUUUCAUGUAUUCAAUUCAAGUAUGGCAAUACUGAAUUUUAUUUUCCAUUUGAUAGUUUAAUACUUCAUAAUACAUUUGUAUGAGACAGUGAUAAAUAUACUUAUUUCAAUUCUAAGAAUCACUGCUGAGAUAGUGUUAUUGUUUCUUUAUCAACUUCUAGCCAUAUAUUCAUAGAUUCUUUAACAUCGACAACAAUUAACGCGCACACUCCUUCAUACUUUAUCUCUCUCUCUCUCUCUUCUCCCUUGCAGCCCCCUUGUGCGGAACAAUAUACCGAUUAGCGGCUGCUGGAUCUAUACGAGAGUAAGACCUCUUGGAGACACGAGUUUGACUCUAUAAAGUUGUUACAUAUCCACAUCUUUUCAUUUUUUGUUGUUUAAAAUCUCUUCAAUUUUUAUAUAUAUACAUUUAUAUACAUAAUAUUAUCAAUUGUGCCAAAUUUACGAAUUUAUUGAAUUAUUUUGUUAUUUUUUAUUUUCAUAAAUUUUAAAAUUAUAUAAUUCUUACAAUUAAUCCAAAAUGAUACCUAAAGUAUUAUGCGUGUGUUUUAUAAGCAUUUAUUUGUCAACACGAUUAACAUUACAAGUUUCAUUACCAGCAUCACCGGAUUAUAUCGGAGCUGUUGUUGAAUAUAAUCCUGUUCGUUCAGAUUAUAAAAAUGCCACGGAAAUUACCAACGAAAAUACCAAAAAUUACGUUACGAUUAUUAAAAUCGCUAGUGAAAAUGAAGUUGACAUUAUUGUUUUUCCUGAAAAUGGACUUCUGGUUAGUGGACUCUCUUUAGGGAAUCGGAGUAAUUAUCUACAUCACAGUUCCUACCUUCCACGUCCCGAGGAAUUAAAAGUUCCGUGUCACGAUGCAUCUAGCAACGUUAUGGAGGCUGUAAAGGCCAUAUCAUGUGCCGCACUACAUCGUAGGAUCUAUGUCGUCAUAAAUGUCCGUGAAAAAGAAAAGUGUACCGGUGCAAAUUGUUCCAAGGACGGACACAAUUUGUACAAUACAAAUGUUGUAUUCGAUCGAGAGGGUCGCCUAAUCGCAAAAUAUCGAAAAUGGAAUCUUUUUGGUGAAAAAGAAAUGAAUGUUACCGCUAAACCUGAACUAUCAACAUUCCAAACUGAUUUUGGCAUAACAUUUGGUCAAUUCAUUUGUUUUGAUAUUCUAUUUCAAACACCAGCACUCAAAUUAAUUACUGAAAAGAAGAUCACUGAUAUCGUUUUUUCCUCCCAUUGGUUUUCUGAACUUCCUUACCUUACUGCCAAUGCAGUACAAACUGGAUGGUCUUACAUCAAUGAUGUUAAUUUUCUUGGAUCGGGUUUCAAUGAACCAUCAACAGGAAGUGGUGGAAGUGGAAUUUACUCUGCUAAAAAUGGUCAUUUAGCUCGAGUUUGGUCUGAGAAACAAACUAAUGCAUUGAUUAUUACUAAAAUACCAAAGAUCAAACAUGGUUCGCAAAAACGAUCAAUAAAUCCAGAAGAUACUAAAAUAUUAUACUUGACACCUGCACAAAUAUCUACUAAUCCCAGUAAUGGAUCCAAGACUCAGCAAGUACUUAAGAUGGAUGAUACUACAGCAUAUACAACUCAAUUACUUCAACCUAAAAAUGGUACAUUCAAUGUUACUCUUUGUAAUUAUGGACACUGUUGCAAUUUUACAACCAAUACUGAACAUCGUGAGGACUUAAUCAAGGGUGCUGCUAAAUACUACAGAUACCGUUUUGCUGUCUUCAAUGGAGUAAGAUCCUUUUCCGAUGUUCGUACUGGAGGUGUUGAAAUUUGCAGCAUCAUUGCAUGUUUAGACGACAACCCAACAAGCUGUAGUAAAAGAUUUGAUUCAAAUACAAUAAUUGUACAUCCAACAACAUUUAAAUCAAUAGUCAUUUCAAGUAAAGUUCAAGAUGUACCCACUGUUUUACGCAUGCCAUUGAAUAUAAAUACUGAACUUCAUCCAUUAAAUGUUAGUGAUUUUACAUUUACAAGUGAUAAAAUUAAUGCAACUCAUGUCAAUUUGAAGUAUAGUUUAAUCAAACCGCGCAAAGAUUUAAUGACUUUUGCUAUUUAUGGAAGAAAUUUUACUGCUGAUGGAUUGCCAAAAACAGUUAAUUCCUCAGCUGGUCUAUUUCCACACAUUUCUUUAUUGAUAAUCAUGGUUAUACUAGGAAUAACAAGUGCUUAUGAAAUAAGCUUAUUUCCAAGUAAGUUUUAAAAAACUAUAAAAUAUUUUUGAUGUGUUGUUAAUUAUUAUUAUUAUAAUUAUUAUGUAUACAUAUAUACAGAUAAUUUAAUUGGCAAUAUUGCUAUAUAUUACCA